CGAAUUUACUUAAUCGUAGCAUUGCCGGUCGUGACGUUCAUCCAAAUCUUUCCUCAAGAUAAGAGUCAUUUCUUCGAGUAAGAUCUAGAUUCUCAUAGAUUUGUAAGAUAUCUAAUAUGCCGUCAGUACGACGGAUGAUUUUGGGGCACGUCAUGUCUGGACUAUAUACAAAACUUAAUCGUACGAAAAAAUUGCAAGGUGAUUUAUUAGAAACACCGAUGAAAAGAUGUCUCUCUACUUUCGACAUUACUUUGCUUGGUGUCGGGCAUAUGAUCGGUGCCGGAAUUUAUGUUCUGACAGGAACGGUAGCUCAUGAUUUAGCUGGACCAGCUGUAAUUCUUAGCUUUCUUCUAGCCGGUACAGCUUCUUUAUUAGCUGCUUUAUGUUAUGCCGAAUUUGGUGCUAAAGUACCUAAAGCUGGAAGUGCUUACGUUUAUACUUACGUUUCUAUCGGUGAAUUUUGGGCCUUUGUUAUCGGUUGGAAUAUAAUAUUGGAGCAUAUGAUCGGUGCUGCAUCCGUGGCAAGAGCUUGGAGUGGUUACGUCGAUUCCUUGGCAGGAGGAACAUUCAGUAAUUACACUCGUCGUUUAAUGGGUGGAUAUACAAUGGGAGAACCACUUGGGACAAUGCCGGAUAUCUUGGCAAGCGGUUUAUGUCUUGCUUAUGCGAUGCUCUUAACAUUAGGAGUUAAAUGUUCGGCAGCCGUAAAUUCUCUUUUAACUUUGGUCAAUCUAGCUGUUAUGUUAUUAACGAUCGUUUUGGGAAUUUAUUACGCGGAUAUCACGAAUUGGAGCAGUGAAAACGGUGGAUUUUUUCCAUAUGGUUUCAGUGGUGUACUCGCUGGCGCGGCAACGUGUUUUUAUGCUUUCGUCGGUUUCGACUCAAUCGCAACGUCCGGAGAAGAGGCAAUCAAUCCUGCAAAAAGUAUUCCAAUAGCAACCAUGUUUUCGAUGGCCAUUGUCACCAUUGGAUAUGUUAUGGUCGGUGGUGUUCUUACUUUGAUUGUACCUUACUGGAAUAUCAACCCUACUGCAGCACUUCCCGAAGCUUUUGCAUCGAGGGGUAUACCAUGGGCUAAAUAUGUGAUUAGCAUUGGUGCACUUUGCGGAAUGACAACGACUCUUUUCGGUUCACUCUUCUCUUUACCAAGAACGAUGUAUGCCAUGGCAAACGAUGGUCUUCUAUUUGGUUUCCUCGGUCAUAUAAGCGAUCGUACUCAAGUACCAGUUUUAAAUCUGAUGAUCAGCGGACUUUUCAGUGCAUUGAUCGCUCUUCUUUUUGAUUUACAACACUUGGUAGAGUUCAUGUCUAUUGGUACUUUCCUUGCGUAUACAAUCGUGUCAGCUAGUGUCAUAGUACUCAGAUAUCGUCCAGAAAAAACUACACCUGCUGGUUCUACUGCUGGUACACCUAGCAGUCUAGCUUCACCACCUACAGAGGGUGCAGAUUUUAAUAGCGAUUGCAACAGUAUUGCAUCAGCCGAUGCUGAGCUUUUGGAUUCCAACGAGGGCGUUGGAAAAUUGAAACCACGAUACAGUUGGUUAGCCAAUUUCUUAGGCAAUUGCGAACCUGGAACAGCCGUGGCUAUUGCUGUAACAAUUUAUACAGCAGCUAGUGCUACACUUUGCCCACUUUUAAUACUUUUAUUCCAAUCAUCUUUCAAAUCGGCAUGGAACAAUUACUUUGCUUUGGUUAAUGUGAUCAUUCUAAUAAUCGGUAGUUUAUUAGUGAUCGGUGCACAUCGACAAAAUCCAUCGAAUGGUAAAUUUCGUGUACCGAUGGUACCAUUGAUUCCAGGUUUAAGCAUCCUUUUCAAUGUUGGUUUGAUGUUUCAUUUGUCAUUAUUAACUUGGUUACGAUUUUUCGUCUGGAUGAUAGUUGGAAUGCUCAUUUACUUCUUAUAUGGCAUUCACUAUAGUAAGGAAGCAGUUAGUCCAAAUUCAUAUUCAGUUUUAAUGGCUACAUCGGAAGCAGUAAGAGGUGCUAAAUGGGGUGCAAUGUUACGCGUUAAUCAAAAAGUUGACAAAGUACCUAUUCUUGACGAAAACGAACAUUAAGAUUGUAGUAUUACAGGUAAAAGGUUUCAAAAGUCAUUUACAGUAAGUAUAAAUUUAGUAAUUAUGUGAAUAAAAAGAAAGAAAGAGAGAGAGAGUAAAAGAAAAAAAUUAUGAAUUACUUUGACGAAUUUUCCAAGUCGUUUAUAAAGAAAAAGUUAUUUGAUCGUAGAUGAAAUAAAUUAUCAUUAAUCGUAUAAAUGAUUAUUUUUUCAUAGAAAGUUGAAAACUAACGAUCAAAAAACUUGCGUUUUUAAAACAUAAAGAAAAUGAUAUCGUGCUUUUGUGGCACGAUAAACUAGAAUAAAAAUUUUCGAUGCAUAUAUGAAUAUGACGAAUUUGAUUUUCUUUCGAUAAAAUUCUGAGCUCUUGUAGAAUCGAUUAGUAUUCGUAUACGGUUGUAAAUAACGGUGCUUUAAGCGAUGUAUCGAAAGAAUCUGUGUUUUAAGAUCUCCUCGUACCAAUUCGUGUAGAUCAGCUUUGAUGAGACUUUCAAAUCUGUAAGACUGGUAAUUUUUGCUAAUACUUAUCCUGACGAGCUUGCAGCGAAUCUUUCAAUAUAUAUAUAUAUAUAU